GAGACACAACAGGCGGUGAAUCGAUGGAGAUGUCGAGAGAUGCACCAUACGGUGCUGAUCUCGAGACUCAGAAAGAUAUGGAUACUGACAGCAAUAUCACGGGCCCAGCAGCCACCAGUAGCAGGAUAGACAUUAGACCGAAUGCUGGGGUUAAAAAAUCCAAAGGUAAACCAGAGUCGGAUCGCAAAUCUGUCACGUCCUCUUCUAGCACUAGAGGACAGGCUAGGAAGACGAAAAAACAACCACCCGGUAGCCAACAGAAGCGAAGACGCACACCAAGUACUGAGGGCGACAGAAAGUCUAUCAAAUCCAAUGCAAGUAAUCAGAGGGUAGCUGGUAGGACGCGUAGUAUUACUAGCAUAUCGUCACAAAAGAAAAGAAACAUCUCCGCAGAAAGAGGGGGUAAAACGCCUUCUAUAAAAUCUAAGAAGGAAGACAAGGCUCUUUCUAUAAAAUCGGUACAGUCGAAGACUUCUGUAAAAGAUGUUCCAGGCAAUACUAAGUCUUCUAUCGAUGUUGGUGAGAGUAAGAAACAUGCAGUUGAGGAACCGAUGAUAAACGUAAAAGUAGAAAAAACAGCUGAGAAUGAGGGAGUUGACGAUGAACCAGAGACGGUGAAAAUUGAGGAUACACCAAAAGUAAAAUUAGAGGAUGAACCCAAAGCUGAGCUUGACAGUACACAUGAUGAAUCCUUUGCUAGUUCGACCAUGUCAAAAUACUCUGACGAAAAGGACACUACUGGUAAAGAGGAAACAGAAGAGCUGCUGGAGGUAGCUCCAGCAUUCAAGCCACCUGUAAGUGAGAGUGAUGAAGUAGAAGACGAAGAAGAAGAAUCUGAGGGAGAAGAAAGUGAAACAACAAAGGAGGAAAUUCCUAAACCUAAAGAGGAAACAGAAGCAGAAACAGAAGCAGGAACAGAAGCAGAAACCGCAGAAGAAGAAGCAGAAGAAGAAGUGGAUGAGAAAAAACUGGAACUGGAGCAUGAAGAGAAAGACCAACCGACUAAAGAGCCAGUUACAGUGAAAACUCAGAAGCACGUGACGACGAUUGUUGAACCUCAGCGCAGCAGUCGAAUGAGCAGUCGAAUGAGUAGAGGUUCCGAGUACAGCAGUUCGUUACGGAAUCGCCGGGGACUGUACGACGCCUCGCGGACUUCAACGCGGACGUCGAGUAGGCCAAGAACAACAACUACAAUGGCAGAAAACAAACCAAAGGAGAAAGCGAAAAAGACAAAGAAAUCGAAAAAAGUGAAACCUGACUGGGAUAACACGGUCAAGGACGAUUCGCCAGAUGGCAGAACAAAACAGAAGGAAUUCUUUAAAGAGGAACUUCGACGAUUGGAAGAAAGUCUUAAACGAGAAAAGUCCAAAAUCCAUCGCCCUCCAAUAAAGAAGUAUAUACCUUACACGUUUAACAACUUAGAUCCAUACUUCAACGUCCACGCAGCUAAAUAUCUGAUUGAAUUGCCGGAAGAAGUAAGACACGUGUACACGAGUCGAAGUACCGCCCUCGGGCUGUGCGACCCCGUGCAGGACUACAGGAUGGAUCACUGGGCGAAGGGCAUGGAGAAACUUCCCCAUGUGUCUAAACCAAUCAACAGACACCACGAAAUGAUGAAAAAAGAAAAGAAAAUAAAGGAGCGAGAAAGCCGCCACAAGACCCACGAAGGAAGCACGAGACUUCCCAAGUUCCCCGUGGUAACCAUGAAAACCGACGACCUGGUUACGAAACAGCUCUUCUAUAGCGACGUACCUAUGCUGAGGAGAGAACUGGAAGAGAAAUACAGCGCCAAUGCUCAGUCAAAAAUAGACGAAGACUUCAAAAGGACACAGGAGGAUUUUUACAGAAUGGAGUUAGAUAGGAUGGAUGAAUAUCAUCCUAGCAACCGGCCGCUCAUGUGUCAAGCCUACUUCGCCUACUUGUCGAACACACCUGGGUCCAGGAAAGCUAUUAACGACAUUAUGAGAGAAUACAAGAAAAGUGCCAAAGCAUAGACUUUGCUGUCGAAUUUCUUUUGCUAGUGGUCAAGCUGAGCAGUUCAAAAGAGCAAUACACAGUCCGAUUUUGUUGUUUAGCAGUGACUUUUGUGAUUUAAUUAAAACAUAUUUUUUUAAA